UGGGGCAAGACCUAGCUACAGGCGGCAGAAAGGCAUCAAAGUUUUCUUUUUUUAAUAACCCAGGGGAGCAAGCAAUGGAGGUAUGUGGCAAAUCUUUGGUAGCAGGGGCUACAAACGUUAUUUUUCUGUCAACUAUUCUUGGGCAAGACGGGGCGAUCCCUUCUCACAAAUGCGACUGGAAAUGUGAAAACGAACUCGUGUGUGGAAACAUGUACCGCUGUAAACUGACUGGACACACACAUAUCUGUGACAAAAACUGUGACCAGAGAAUUCUGUAUGAUAACCAAAGCUCACUUUGCAGAGCGAGCGGGCAGGUUUUCCCCCUUACAUCGGUGGAAGAACAGGCAGUGAGAGGAGUCCGCAGGAAGCUUGAUGCUGAGAAUUCUCCCUCUGAUAACUGUGCUUUUAAGCGCAUCAGACGGGAUACUCAGUUUCAUCCGUCUCCCUUUGAGAGAUCAUUUUCUGCUUUCGGUCCAAUCUGCAGUCAAGUUGGGGAUGGCAUGGAUCUGAGCUAGAUCUAUACAAUUGACAAACUCGGAUAUUCAGCCCUUGGUUGCAGCACAGAAAGGUUUCAAGUUGAUAAUUGCUUAUGAAAUGAGAGAUGCAGUUGCUGCUGGGAGAUCCAUUCUUCUUUAUUCAAGAUCAAUUUCAAAAUGUUGGCUGUAUCGAAGCAGGUAGGAGUCUCCAACAUGGAAAGUUUUAACCCACUGUUCAACUUUAUGUUCUGAGCUAGAGGAAUCCGCGAAGCACCUUCCCUGCCUUUCUGCCAAUGGACUUUGUUGGUCUGCAUUUUCACACUGCUGUGUUUCGGUGGUAGGUGCAUUCUGUGGCAAGACUGACAUGUCAAUUGGAUGUGGGAAUGCUUCGUAGAAAGUGGCGACAUAUUCUUGUAUCAUAGUUCUCUGAUCCAUUUGUGCUAGGGUCUGCUUGUUAGGUGGAUUUAGGAGAAACUAACUCGGUCUCUCUUUUGCUGGUGAAAAUGGUUGUGGUGGUUGUUUUGAACUUCUGUUGCAGAACAUUUUUCUUGGAUGAAGCGAGCUUAUUAGAUC